UACAAUCCAAAUAUUUGCCUGCAACCCUACACCUGUGUAAAAAACGACACGGAUCUAUGCAGGUGUGUCUGUCUUCACAACCGGAAGCGGUGUCCUGUGCAUGUGAACACGUCAGUUCGGAAGAACUCAUGAGUGAAGCGGGCCGAGAAGUUACAGCGCACAAACACACUGCAUUUCUGCUCACGGUGGAUAUUCAUAGUUUCGUUGCUGUCUUUCGGGUUUAUGGAUACAUGAUCGGCGCGGGAGGACGUUUGGUGAAGUCUCAGCGGCUCUUUUAGAGAGUUUUGACCCGACGAGGCGGCUGCAGCUGGUGGAAAAUGCCUCCGUUUCCAUGGAGUUUGUGGGUUGGUGUGAUGCUGUGUGUUCUGCCGGCGGUGCGGGCGGACGCUGAAGAUUCCUCUCUGUUCUUGGGUUGGCAGGACGCGUGGAUCUUCCGCUUGUUUCUCAAUGUUUUAGGCUACGCCACCAUCAUCAUCCCUGGAUACUUUCUUAUCGGCUACUUCAAACGGGUCAACUAUCUAGAAACAGGUCGAGGUCUGUGUUUUCCUGUUAUAAAGACGUGCGUGUUCGGGAACGAGUCUAAGGGAGGACUGCUGGACGACGCAUCGGUGACGUCUAGAAAUGAAGCUGAGUCCAGCUCGUCUGCUCGACAGGCCGGCAAACUCCUCUUCUGUGCUGCUGGCCUCCAGGUGUCGUACCUGACGUGGGGCGUUCUUCAGGAGAGAGUGAUGACGCGUUCAUACGGUGCCACGGGCGCGGAGGGCAGCGGCGAGCGCUUCAAAGACUCUCAGUUUCUGGUGUUCAUGAACCGCAUCCUGGCGCUGACGGUGGCCGGCUUGUGCUGCGUGGUGUUUAAACAGCCCCGUCACGCCGCACCCAUGUACAAAUACUCCUUCGCCUCCCUCUCCAACAUCCUCAGCAGCUGGUGUCAGUACGAAGCGCUGAAAUACAUCAGCUUUCCCACACAGGUUUUGGCCAAAGCGUCUAAGGUGAUCCCUGUGAUGCUGAUGGGAAAGAUCGUCUCCAGGAAGAGCUACGAGUAUUGGGAAUACUUGACGGCCGCGCUGAUCUCCGUCGGCGUCAGCAUGUUCCUUCUGUCCAGCUCCACCAACAAACAUCCGUCCACCGUCACCACCUUCUCCGGCGUCGUCAUCCUGGGCGGAUACAUCGUGUUCGACAGCUUCACGUCCAACUGGCAGGACAAUCUCUUCAAAUACAAGAUGUCCUCCGUCCAGAUGAUGUUCGGGGUGAAUCUCUUCUCGUGUCUCUUCACGGUCGGCUCUCUCCUGGAGCAGGGCGCGUUCUUCGACUCGCUGGCCUUCAUGGCGCGUCACUCCGAGUUUGCCUUUCACGCCGUGCUGCUGUCCGUGUGCUCGGCGUGCGGACAGCUCUUCAUCUUCUACACCAUCGCGCAGUUCGGCGCGGCCGUCUUCACCAUCAUCAUGACGCUACGGCAGGCCAUCGCCAUUCUUUUGUCCUGCUUUCUCUACGGUCACGCUGUCACGCAGGUGGGCGCCUUCGGCGUGGCCGUGGUCUUCCUCGCUCUCUUCCUUCGCGUCUACGCGCGCAGCCGGAUGAAGAAGUCGGGCAAGCGGCCGCAGCAAACUCCAGUGCAGAAAGUUUAGUCGGACAUGUCGCUGGGAUGAGACGCCACAUUUUCGUGGUUGCUUUUUCUUUCGUUUCGGAAUUUUGUGCGUUUGUAUUUUGUAAGGUACAGUAAGGGAACGCUCUGUGUUUUUAAGGGAUUUCAGCCUGACGUGCGUGUGAGAUGUGUUCGUAUGGACUGGAUGUGUGGACUGUUCAGUCGUCAACGAGCCCUCUAUAUUUGUAAUUUGGUACUGGAAUAUGUUAGAGCUCUGGCUUUGAGGUUUUCUAUUUAAAAGUGGUUAUUUUUGGGAGACUGUUGGAUUUGGCGAGGAGUGUGAAGUGAGAUGUCUUAAGUGUCUGAUCCGCGUGUGAAGUUAAACUCCUUCUUCUGCUCGCAAUAUUUAAGGGUGAAUCGCAUGAAAUGCAAAAAUACAAAUGAGUGUUUUGCAAUAGGUGAAUGAAACUUGUUUGGCAUUCAUUUCAUGACCUUUUAUUACAUUUUCCUUUCAAACACUCGAUAUAGUGACGCAAAACGGUUCUCGUUAUCUUACCUGUUUUUAUUGUUCUGUUGGCUUUUCUUUUGCAUCGCAAUAAGAUUUUAAGGGGAAGAAGAACGUUACUUAUGAUGAUAAUAUGUCCAUAAUGCGAACACUUUUAUUUCCUUCAAUCAUAGUUUGAUUUUCUUAGCUGAAGAGAUUCACUCAAAUUCAUAAAUGUGUCAUAAACUGAGUUCACAAACAAGGUCAUAAAAACAUUCAACCUGCUUCAUUUUUAUAGCUGAUAGUUUGUGUCGCUGAUAAAUGAACCAACCGUGUCCGAUGAUGAAUUCAGAUGUGACUACGUCUUGUCUAGUUUUACAGGCUGUAAAAUCAAUGUCACCUGUGUAAAGAAAAGAUGCGCAGAUAAUCUGUGAUAUCAAACCAGAGUCUGUCAUAAACCGUCAGUGCCUGUUAAUGAAUAAUCGGAAGAAUAUCCGCACUAGUGGAUUCUUUAUAGAUAAUUGUAGGAUUAUUGUUAGUGAUUGUUACUGGACAGACGUACAGAAUUGCACUAUAGUCUAGUUUGGCUUUUUUUUUACAUUUGUCUCCAAAACCCGGUGUUUGUGUGGUUGAAUCUCACAAAGAAAUGUCCAGUUCAUGAAUCAAAAGAGAACAUAAAUGAAGGCAUUUCUCUGGAUUUUUACAUUAGCUUCAUGACAAUUAAACUACUCUUCAUUAUUUGCUUUAUUUCAAAAUGUCAUCAUUUAAAUUCAUCAUUUCAUUAAAGCAGUUUAGGCUUUUGAAACUUUGUGAAACAUGAUUUGGACGCUAAGAGGAAUUCAUUGAGUGUUUGAGGACAUCAGGUGUGUCAGUGAAGAUGGAGGUUGUUUGUCUAAACACAUGACAUAGACUAUUUUGACUAUAACACAUGAUAGACAUAACAAUAUUUUUGUUUGAGGGCCCACACGCAUGUAUAUUGAUAUUUUUACCGUUAAAAUCUGUUCGUCAACGGUUUAACAUAAAAGUGGAAAGGUCAUACAGUCCAAUUUCACAAUGUCGUGCCUGUUUAUUUAUCACAUUUGUUCAAAUAAGUGAUUUGUACACAUUUGUUCUCAAACUUUAGUUUCUUGAAACGAUAUUCAUGAUAUCCACCAGCAAUGUGUGUCAAAAAGUGCAACAUAUGUUUUGCAGCCUCCCACAGUUUUACUAAACUUGUAUUUCUCCCCGAUACCAAAAUACAAACAAGUAACAUCAUUUAUAUGCUGUAAUGUAGGUUGAUAUAUUUAGUUCUUCAUUAGGGAAUUCUAUAGAAAAACACUAUAGACUGUGAUCUUAACCAAUAAUCAUUAGUUUAUGUUAUGGCUCAAAGAUUUAGAUGAUUUAUUUUUGCUGUUUUAUUUUUAUAUUGUUUUGCACAUACAGUAAUAAUAGUCGGUAUUGUUGUGAUCAUGGAUUUGUUUUUUAAUGUCAUUGAGUUUGAUGGGUUUUGGUUCUGAAAGCUGUACUGAUCACGACUCAUUCACAAGGCAUGUUGGAAAAGACAUUUUGUGUACUUCUUUGAAACGUGAUUUUGACUGAUAGAAAAACGGUACAGAAGAGAAAGCAAGAGCAAGAUAUUGAUGUCCAGGUCACAUCUAACAGAUAAGACGGCAUUAUGUGGUUGCUUGAGUUGUCAUGAAUUACAAAAACACUUAAAAGAGAGACCUUGUCGUGUUUAUGGCAGAUUUGUAUCAGGCUGUCAAUUCUGGUAUCAGAUCAUUUAGAUAAACGAUAAACUGUUUUUCAUUCUCAUUUACGGCUCAUGUGUGAAGGAAUGUGAAAUGACUCGUGUGUUCAUCUGGAAAUGCUACUAAUGAAGUCCUAUUAACUUCUUUAGGUUUAUUGUUUAUAUAGAUUAAAUUAAUUUGAUCACUUAACCAAACAGUCUUGGAUUUGUCUUUAGUGACUCAUUUCUUAACAAAAGGUUGCAGUAUUUAUGUUUUCAUAAUAAUUCUGUAUGGUGGCUUCUGUCUCAUGUAAAUACAGUUGAUAUUUCUCAUGCAAUGAAGACUCUCUUCAGUUUAUCUGUUCUUUUAUAAGGUCUGUAAUAAAUGUGUAGCCGGC